AUGCCACAUGUGAAAACACUCACCACACAUUGCACCAGAGAGUCCGCCAAAGACUCUUCUCCUUUAUGUCUUCACUGGAGCAUGUUUCUGGCUGCUUGCUUUUCUUCGCCUCUGUCUCGCCACUACCUUCUCCCCCUCCCAGCAGACCCCCCUCUCAGCGCCGUGGUCCAGGUCCAGCUCUGUCGCCGGUGGGGGGAAUCCAGGCAAUGCGCGCACACAUCGACCAAGCAGCACAUGCACACAGCUCUUGGCGACGUUUUGACGGCUCACGGUUUGACACACAGCCGUCUUCAGAUCCUGGCGAAUUCCAGACGCACUCCUCGAGAGAGAGAGAGCCCACACCCCCGCACGGCAGCCACACACAAGCACAGCUGGUCUGGGCUGGCAACUGUAUGA